UCGAACCACCCUACAAUCUUCGAUCGAGAGUGGUAUAAUUGGUUUCCCGCGCGAUGAAAGUGCAUCGCUAAAUAAUUGGCGUAGAGCUACCAGCUCUCUCCCUCUCUUCACUAUAUUGCUUUGUAAUAAAAUCCUAUAAAAACCCAAUCCCCGCCAAAAUUAGAAUAGAGUCAAAGUUAAAUUGUUAAAGAUAACACCCGAUUAUUCUAUCUUCCGAAAUCCUUUUAAACCGUUGGCUGUUCGUUCGUUCGAUUGCGAUAGUUACCCGCGUUACAACCAAAGUUCUCGCAAAUUCAUAUGGUCCUUCGAGCCGGAUUGCGAAAAGUUUCGCCCGGAACCGUGUAGAAAGUGAUCGCUAGUGCCCGUGAAUUGGCCCCGUUGCCGCUAAAUAGUGCUUCUGCCGAUCGGCAUAAUAGUGAUCCGAAGAGAGUUUGAGCUAAAGAAGAGACAUUUGGACAAAAAGUGCGCGAAAUCCACCAAGAUGGAUCGACUUAUCCGCGAACGUAAAUCAUUAGAACCCCGCCUGAAGCGCAUUUCGGAAACAGUGGAAAAAAUCCGACCAGAAGCGGUCGACGAAAUUGACUUACAAACUGAGUUAGAUGCUCUGAGUGAAGUGUGGAUGGCCUUUUGCGGCGUACAUAAGAAAAUUUUGGACCUGUGCGAAGAGGAUAGUGCUUACGACGAAGCCAUGAGCCGUCAAGGAAAGUUUGAAAGUUGCUACAUCGGUCUGAAAACCCGAUUAUUAAAGUUGUUGAAAAUAGUUAAAAAUCGCGACCAGGCUACUCCCCCUGUGUCCUCGCAGCAAGAUGUCAUCAAGCAAUUAGCAGAUCAGCAAGCCGAAUUUCUUCGCAUCAUGUCCGCUAACAUGGUUUCACCUGCAAUGCAUGCGGCCGUCAUGCCUCCCGAUGCAUCUCGACUCCCGGACCUGAAGUUGCCCCAGGUGAAUAUCCCUAAAUUUAGUGGAGACUAUCUCGAGUGGCAGUCGUUUAAAGAUCUUUUCGAUAGCUUGGUCGAGCAAAAUCCAACGCUAAAAGAUAGCCAAAAAUUAUACUUUUUAAAAACCAACCUCGCUGGUGAGGCGGCUUCUUUAAUUUCACACCUUAAAAUCGAAGACGCGAAUUAUAAACCUGCUCUAGAAAAAUUGGCAUCCCGGUAUGAUAAACCCCGUGAAAUAGCGAACAAGCAUAUACAACGAUUUCUAUCGCAACCACCGCUUUCGUUUGCCUCUGCUAGUGGCUUGCGAGCACUGCAUGACGUGUCAGAUGAAGUUCUCCGAGCGCUCAAAGCCAUGGCUAGAGAGGACCGUGAUACAUGGUUGCUUUUUAUAUUGAGCGAAAAGGUGGAUCCAGAUACCAAGCAGCUAUGGUGUCAAAAGAUUUCCGAAAUGAAGGAAGAAGAGAUUACCCUAACGCGUUUUCUAAAAUUUGUUGAAGCAAGAAGUUUCGCUUUGCAAUCGUCGCAUCCUAUUAAACCUAAAGCAUUCGUACCUGUAAAACAACCCGCAAAAUUUCCCACUAGAGGAGCAACUACAUUCGUCACCACAAACCCCACAUUUUGUGAUGUCUGCUCAGCACAGUAUCAUCACCUAUUUCAGUGCGGCAAAUUCAUCCACAUGAGCUAUCACGAACGACUAGCUCAAGUAAACCGAUUAAAAUUGUGCCGAAACUGUCUCAAAACACAUCCCGGUAGCAGCUGCAAAGGUGGUACGUGUAGAAAAUGUAACUUUCCACAUCACACUUUGCUGCAUCCACCAACAACACAAAACAUGGCAGGAUCUCCAACUAAUCAGCAACAAUCCGCUCAAUCGUUUAUUUCUGCACUAGAUUCUGCUGGCGGCCGUGGGUCAGCUAAUGUCCUCCUCGCUACCGUUGCUAUUAACGUCCUAGAUAAAAAAGGGCAUCCUCAUGCCUGUCGCGCAAUUUUGGAUAGCGCAUCGCAAGUUAACUUUAUAAGCGAUAGCCUCCGUAGGCAGCUUGGUCUCGACACCUCGCAUGCUAAUGUGGAUCUGGAAGGCAUCUCGUCAGCUACCGCUCACGCAGAUCGAUUUGCAGACAUCGUUAUCACAUCUCGCUGCACGAACUAUCAAACCUCCGUGCCCUGCCUUGUGUUGGAGAGAAUAACGAAAUUUCUCCCCUGCAAACCAGCAAUUAUUAAGGAUUGGCCUAUUCCCCACUCCAUACCCCUGGCGGAUCCACUCUUCCACCGCCCGGGUAGAGUAGAUGUACUUCUCGGCACUGAAAUAUUCUUCCAGUUGCUCGAGCCCGGCCAAAUUAUUCUCAGUCCAGACAACAGUUUACCCACACUACAGAACACCAAGCUCGGCUGGGUGAUAGCCGGCCGUUAUCACGAGCCUAAGCCAUCUGUUGACUCUCACUCUCCAACCUGUUUGCUAAUCUCCGCCGAAGAUGAUCUUUCUCAGCAACUGCAAAGGUUCUGGGAGAUAGAGGAGUACACUUCAAACGAUCACCACCUCACUGAUGAGGAACAACGUUGUGAGAAACAUUUUGCAGAGAAUACUAUUCGCGAUGAGUGCGGUAAAUUUGUAGUACGGCUCCCGUUUCUGUCAGACCCGAAUGAAUUAGGAGAAUCAAGGCAAAUUGCAGAGAGAAGACUUUACCACAUCGAAAGAAAGUUAGACCGAAAUCCACCUCUGAAAGCUGAGUACCAUGAAUUCAUUCGUGAUUACAUUGAUCUCGGCCACAUGUCAUUAGUGGAAGAAAGCAACUCACCCGAAAAAAGUGUAUAUCUCCCCCACCACUGUGUGAUUAAAACCACCAGUUCAACCACAAAAUGCCGAGUGGUUUUUGAUGCUUCGGCUAAAACUUCGAAUGGACUCUCUUUGAAUGACACUCUUAUGUGUGGCCCAGUAAUCCAGGACUCAUUAAUAAACAUUUUGCUACGCUUUCGUUUUCCACCUGUCGUACUUGCUGGUGAUGCGAAACAGAUGUACCGUAUGGUUUGGCUGCAUGAAAAUGAUCGCGACUUUCUCAAAAUUCUGUGGAGGUGGUCAAAGGAAGAACCAGUAAAAGAGUACCGCUUAAACACAGUAACGUUUGGCACUAAAAGUGCUUCUUAUCUGGCCACAAAAUGCGUUCAGCAGCUCUUGGAUUCGUUUAAAUUAAAAUAUCCAGAGGCAGUAGAGAAAGCCGAGAAAGGAAUCUACGUCGACGAUAUUUUAACCGGUGCUUCGUCCGAAAAGGAAGCAAUAAUGCUACGGGAACAGCUUACAGAAAUGUUUGCUGCUGGAGGAUUCCACCUGCGAAAAUGGGUAUCAAAUAGUGCUGCUGUUCUAGAGACGGUUCCAGAAGCAGAUUUGGAGAUAAAAAUUUCAAUCGACGAAGGUGGAAAUAAUUCCAUCAAAGCCCUCGGAAUGCAAUGGCAGCCGUGCAGUGAUGAGUUCCACUUCUCUUACAAUCCGAAAGAGAUCCUUCAACACACAAAACGCGCAAUCCUUUCACAAAUUGCCAGCCUAUUCGAUCCAUUAGGCCUUCUUGCUCCAAUAAUCGUGAAGGCAAAGUUAGUGAUGCAGCGAAUGUGGGAGUUGAAGGUGGCAUGGGAUGCUACUCCCCCCGGUGAGUUAGUUCAUGAUUGGUUGAUGUUGGUGCAAAGUUUCUCCCGUCUCAAUUUAUUUCAGAUACCACGACGCGUGAUUCAUUUACAGAACUGGUCUCGACUCUAUCUGCACGGCUACUGCGACGCUUCUGAUGUGGCAAUGGGAGCUUGUAUUUACGUUCGUGCCCUGGACAACGACGGUAAUAUGUCGUCACACUUAUUAUGUGCAAAAUCCAAACUUGCACCCAUUGGCAACAACCGUAUGACUACACCACGUCUAGAGUUGCGUGCAGCGCUUGGUUGGCGGGUGGCGCUGCCAGAUGGAAAACCUUUGUUGCGAAUAGAGUCGCGGAGAUUACUGCUCAUCUUCCUGCGAUUAAUUGGCAUCAUGUGGGAACCGCUGAAAAUCCUGCUGAUCUAAUUUCACGAGGAGUAUUUCCUGAGAAACUACAACACAACACUUUAUGGUGGCAUGGUCCGGACUGGAACCUAUCAAGUACAUCGCUUGCUUCCCCCUCUCUGGAUACUAAUGAAAGACGUCAAAUUGCUCGAGAACAA